GUGUGUAGGUGAGAGAAGGGGAGGGGAGUCAAGGCACUAUGGGAGCAAUUUGCGACAGGCGCAUGCGCAGAUCAGUUUACAGUUGGAGCUUGAAAGAAAAUGGCGUCAGCUGAGUUUCUGGAGGAAGCUCUAAGCACGGAUGUCGACGAAUCCGCAGUGAACGCGAUAGUGGGCUCCCUCGAGACGCAGCUUGUGACGUCCACGCCGACCAUCGCCGGCCAUCAAGCGAGCACCGCAUCGGUCAGCCAGCAGAAUCACCAGGUGAACAGCGCUAUUUCCAACGGGGGCACCAUCACCGCGGUGCAGCCACAGAAACAUGGGGUUCCGAACGGCGGCGGUGCAACUACCGUGAACAGUCUGAUAACUCAGGAGGUCACCAAGUCGAUCACCACCAGCACUCUGCUGCCCGUGAACGUGGUUACAUCGAACACAGUGGCGCCACAGGUCAUCACCACGCAGCAGCAGCAGCAGCAGCCGCAACCACAGCAGCCGCAACAGCAGCAGCAACAGCACGCACAGCCGCCAGGGAUACCUGCCGUUACGUACAUCAAUCAAGUAACGACCAACCAAGUAUCCAGCAAUCAGACCACGCAUAUACCGAGCUUGACCAAGACGCACGAACCGGUGAAGCUCCUCUAUUCCGGGGUCGGGCAAGUUAUAGCUACCACGGGGGUGGCGAAUACAAACAAUAAGCUCUCCUUUCCCGCUCAAACUGUCGGGCAGUUAGCGAACGGUACUUUAGGUAUAACGUCGCAGGCAGUGCUGCAGACUACGUCGAACGUUGUUACCAAUGUCGGCUUCGUCAGCCAGGCAGCCAGUCAAACAGUGACCACAGUGAAUAAGCCGACGGGGGCAGCUUUAGUGAUCAAGACCAGUGCAACGCCUGGCAUGGUUUCAGUUCCAAUGUCUGUCCCGGUCUCGGUGGCUGGCAACGCGGUCAACACAGCGUUGCAGGCUAAGACUGGGGUUACCUCGACGAUAAUACCCAGUAAUGUUCAAAUCCUCAAUGUAAAUGCGAUGCGUCCCGCCACCCCGGUAGCGGGGCAGCAACCUAAUAAGCAGGUUACGCCAAGAGUGGUGAUUGGACAACAGUUGGUUGGAGCAAGAGUUGGAGGUCCAGGGAUAACUUUACAGGCACUUUAUAGCCUUCAAGCUGGUACUCAAGGUCAUCUGUUAUUAAAAACAGAAAAUGGACAGUAUCAGUUAUUGAGGGUGGGUCCAGCUCCAACUGCGGGUACUCCUACUGGUACUGCAGUUACACCGAAUAAUAUAACUGGCAAUGCGGUAGUCGCUGCACCAUUUCCAGGCACUACCUACCGCCUAACUUCAGUGCCGACUGUAAGUAGGCUGAAUACUCAGUUCACUGUCCCACCACUCGCCACCCUAAGAAAAUCUGUUCAGACUGUUGCUCCUACUAUUACUACAUCUACUACAACUCCAGGA